AUGUCAACCAAGAGCAAACCUACAGUGCCAAUUACUGGGGUGGAUCCAGAUCGUAAUGCCCAUGAGAUUCUUCAGCGCUUUGGGAAGAGACAUAGCCUGUGCCACUACACCAUCAAAAACAACCAGGUUUAUAUAAAAACACAUGGAGAACAUGUCAGAUUCAGGAUCUUCAUGGAUGCCUUCCUUCUGUCCCUUACACGUAAAGUCAAGCUUCCAGACAUUUCGUUUUUUGUUAAUUUGGAGGACUGGCCCCUGGAGAAAAGACAGGCCUCUGAGAAGCCCAGCCCGAUCUUUUCAUGGUGUGGGUCCAAUGAUACACAAGACAUUGUCAUGCCGACAUAUGACCUCACUGAAUCUGUAUUGGAGACUAUGGGCAGAGUGAGUCUGGACAUGAUGUCUGUUCAGGGACACACAGGUCCAGCGUGGGAGCAGAAGAUCAGCAAAGCAUUCUGGAGAGGGCGAGACAGCAGGAAAGAGCGUCUUGAGCUGGUUAAACUGGCGCGGGCGAACCCUGACAUGCUUGAUGCCGCCCUAACCAAUUUCUUCUUUUUCAAGCACGAUGAGAGCCUAUAUGGGCCCCUCGUCAAACAUGUGUCCUUUUUCGACUUCUUCAAGUAUAAGUACCAGAUAAAUGUGGAUGGGACAGUAGCAGCCUACAGGCUGCCUUACCUGCUUGCAGGAGAAGGUGUGGUGUUCAAACAUGACUCCAUCUAUUAUGAGCACUUUUACAAGCAGCUCCAGCCAUGGGUGCACUACAUCCCCUUCAAAGCUGACCUUAGUGACCUACUGGAGAAGAUCCAGUGGGCUAGAGACCAUGAUGAGGAGGCAAAAAGGAUCGCCCUGGCAGGUCAACGGUUUGCACGAACUCAUCUGAUGGGUGACAGUAUAUUCCGUUACUACUUCAAACUCUUUCAGAAGUACGCUGAACUGCAGGUCACUGAGGCCAAGGUUCGAGAUGGUAUGGAUCUGGUGGAACAGCCAAAGGAUGAACUUUUCCCUUGUGCAAGAAAAAAGGUCAGAGAUGAGCUGUAAGAGACCACCUAUUUCAUUAUGUAACUGCAGCCA